CGCGAGAGAGCUUCGAGGAACUUCGGCCAUCUACCAUCCGAGGUCAUCGUCUUCAUCGAUCCGCAGUCAUCCGACCAUCAUGAAAUUGAUGUUCUCCAUCGUAUGAACGAACGGGUGACGGUGGGAAGCGCUGUGAGUUUCUCGUUUACUUGUACAUCUGGAUUACGCCUUCUUGGCUUCGCUACAGAAACAGACUUACUGAGGUCCGAGGUCAAUGAUUGUGUACUCACCUUUGGUCGCCAGCGCAAAUAUCCGUGCGUUUGUGGCGUGAGGUCAGCAUAUCAUCAUCACGAUCAUCAUCACUGCAGGAACGAGCGACGGUGGGAAGAGCUGUGGGUUUCUUAUUUACUUGUAUGUUUUCUUAGCUUUGCUAAUUCUGUUAUAGGAGGAGAAAUUGCGGUGGAGCGUCGGAGGUCGUCAUAUAUUUGCAUGUUGGUCACCAGUCCAGAACUUUUAUGCCCGUGGAGCAUAUCAUCAUCAUCGGCGUCACCACCACCACCACCACUACCAAUUGGGCCGUCAUGCAUUACAGCAUGGGACGAAUAUCCUGGGCGUGAGUAAACACCUCGCUGUACUGAUGCUACGUCUACGGAGAUGACGCAAUACCUGCUCGGUGAAACCCCACCGAAACUUGGCUACGAG